CGGGCCGCCGCUGCGCUCCCCGCCCUCCAGCCGCCUUGCCGGAGCCUCCCGCUGCCGGAGGACGAGGUGGAGGAGCCGCAGGGGCCCGCCGAGGCGGCGGCGGCGGCAAGAUGGCGGACUUCCUGCCGUCGCGCUCCGUGCUGUCCGUGUGCUUCCCGGGCUGCGUGCUGACGAACGGCGAGGCCGAGCAGCAGCGCAAGUCCAAGGAGAUCGACAAAUGCCUGUCGCGGGAGAAGACCUACGUGAAGCGGCUGGUGAAGAUCCUGCUGCUGGGUGCGGGCGAGAGCGGCAAGUCCACCUUCCUGAAGCAGAUGCGGAUCAUCCACGGCCAGGACUUCGACCAGCGCGCGCGCGAGGAGUUCCGCCCCACCAUCUACAGCAACGUGAUCAAAGGUAUGAGGGUGCUGGUAGAUGCCCGAGAGAAGCUUCAUAUUCCCUGGGGAGAUAACAAAAACCAGCUCCAUGGAGACAAGUUGAUGGCCUUUGAUACCCGCGCCCCCAUGGCUGCCCAGGGGAUGGUGGAAACGCGAAUUUUUUUGCAGUAUCUUCCUGCUAUCAGAGCCUUAUGGGACGAUAGCGGCAUACAGAAUGCUUAUGAUCGGCGGCGGGAAUUCCAGCUGGGUGAGUCUGUGAAGUAUUUCCUGGAUAACUUGGAUAAACUUGGAGUACCGGAUUACAUUCCGUCACAGCAAGAUAUCCUGCUUGCCAGGAGACCCACCAAAGGCAUCCAUGAGUACGACUUUGAAAUUAAAAAUGUUCCUUUCAAAAUGGUCGAUGUUGGUGGCCAGAGGUCGGAACGGAAACGCUGGUUUGAAUGCUUUGACAGUGUGACAUCAAUACUCUUCCUUGUUUCUUCAAGUGAAUUUGACCAGGUGCUUAUGGAGGAUCGCCUGACCAAUCGCCUUACAGAGUCUCUGAACAUUUUUGAAACUAUUGUCAACAACCGCGUUUUCAGCAACGUCUCCAUAAUUCUCUUCUUGAACAAGACAGACUUGCUUGAGGAGAAAGUGCGAGCUGUGAGUAUCAAAGACUACUUCCUGGAAUUUGAAGGGGACCCACACUGCUUAAGAGACGUCCAAAAGUUCCUGGUGGAAUGCUUCCGGGGCAAACGCCGGGACCAGCAGCAGAGGCCGCUGUACCACCAUUUCACCACCGCCAUCAACACGGAGAACAUCCGCCUCGUGUUCCGGGACGUGAAGGACACGAUCCUUCACGACAACCUCAAGCAGCUCAUGCUGCAGUGACGCCGAGACCGGACCUUGUUGUGGUUGUGAUGGUUCUGUUUGUCUUUUUUUUUUUUUUUUAA